CCCAACUCCGCCUAUCGAAAGUGUGUCCGAGUGCAGUUGAUUAAGAAUGGAAAGAAAAUCACAGCUUUCGUUCCUGGAGACGGUUGCUUAAAUUUUAUCGACGAAAACGAUGAGGUGUUGGUCUCAGGAUUUGGACGAAGUGGUCACUCUGUUGGUGACUUGCCCGGAGUGAAAUUUAAGGUGGUCAAAGUAGCUCGGGUGUCCCUGCUAGCCCUGUUUAAAGAGAAGAAGGAGAAGCCAAGAUCGUAG